AUCUGUCUACGACUCUCUCUCUUUCUCUCUCAUGGCCAACCAAACAGGAACGGCGUAUCCCUCAGCCCUCCAGCUGUAGACCUGACUAAGCUCGAGAGACAGAAGUCAUAUGUGGACGAAAGCAAGUCCUCCUCGGUCUACAUGGAAAACAGGCAUUGCGCGUCCACUUAACGCACGGAUUGUUAACCUCUUCACGCCGGAUCUACGCGGAGGUACACAACUGCAGCCUAAAAUCGGAUCUGUUCUCUUGUUUAACGGGUUUUCGGUGUCUAUCUGCCCUCUCUGGAUAUUCGUCGAUAUCCGCUAUAUAUCCACCCCUUACGCACUACUUUCCCCAAGUUUUUUGCGUGACAACAAUGCUUCCCAGCCCGGUCAUAACAUCAUCCACCACGCCUUUUUCUGUGAAGGACAUUCUGAGGCAGGAGCUACAGCAGCAGACACAGCAGCAUCAGCUGCUCAUAACGCGCCUCGGGUUUUCCAAUUCGCAACAUUCGCAACUAGGCUGCGCGCUCCAAAACUAUUUUCUCCCCCACUCGCCCCCUGCAUGCAUGUUGGCCGGUCGGGACAGCCCGAGUCCCGGCUCCGAACAGUCCGAGAGCGAGGAACGGAUCUCGUCGUACCUGAGCACGCUGGAGAUCCAGGAGCGGUUGGCGGAGUCUGGCUUACCGAGGGAGAUGUUCACGAGCGCUGUGCAGGGGGGCCACGAGGCGAACAUCCCGCGUGAGGCCGAACGAGGGGAUCUCCAUUCUAAGAGCUGCGAUCAAGGCGGUUGUGAGGACCUAGAGUCGGACAAACCGGCCAAACAGACCCGGACCCGGAGGAAACCGCGGGUGCUGUUCUCCCAGUCGCAGGUGUUCGAGCUGGAGAGGCGCUUCAAGCAGCAGCGCUACCUGUCCGCCCCGGAGAGGGAGCACCUGGCCAGCUCGCUCAAACUCACCUCCACGCAGGUGAAGAUCUGGUUCCAGAACAGGAGGUACAAAUGCAAACGGCAGCGACAGGAUAAGAGCCUUGAGAUGGCGGGGCAUCAUCACCACCACCAUCACCACCACCACCCACCUCCGCCCAGGAGGGUGGCCGUCCCGGUGCUGGUCCGCGACGGGAGACCGUGUCUGACCGGAUCCCCGAAUUAUAACACUUCGUACACGGUGGGAGCUCCGACCCCGUAUAGCUACAGCAGUUACCCAGCGUACAGUUACGGGAACUCGGUCUACCCCAACACGUACUCCUGCACCUACUCCAAUUUGGCCUCUCUGCCAUCAACCAGCCCCACCGCUAAUGCGUUUAUGAAUGUGAAUCUGGGGAACCUCGCCGCACCGCCCCAGCAGCAGUCUUCCCAGGGCUCGGGCGUCCCACCUGGCCCGGGGAACAUGCCGGGCAUCCGAGCCUGGUAGCGCUCCUGCUCUCUUCUUGCUCUCACGACACACGUGCAGCGUUACACGGAUUACGCCUAUUCCCAUGGCAACGCACUGGGGAAUAACUGUUUCUAAUAGCGGACCUAUAUUCCUAAUGUCAUUGUGGACAUGUGUGGCUUUUUAAAGGAAUCCUGCAUACAUGGACUGCCUAUAGUAUAAUAUAAUUCUGUAUUUCCGAGCGGAGGUUGACUUGACGUAAUUAAUCAAAUGGUUGGAUUUGUGAGUGUUGGAGGAGAAUGUGUAUCCGACCAAAGGAUAAAGUAUAUAUCCGCAGUUCAUUUUCUUCUAAUAAAUAAAACACGUUUUUCUUA